AUGGCGAUCACCGGUGAGAACAGCUGCGGUGAUGAUGACGACGAUGCACUUUACGCCGCCACCGAGAUGCUGGAGGCCAGAACGGGACUAGAUUUUCUAGUUUCCACGCUCUCCCAUGAAAAAGAGAAGCCAGGUCCCGUCGCCUCAGUAGCAAACACUGGUGAAGCGUCUGGCCUCUGCCGCGGAGACGAUCGUCCCCAGCCCGCGCAUACUGCUAAGCCGGCCGUGCCGUCAGCAGCCGGACCGAGCGUCCGCUUGCCAUCUCGUGCGUCGUCGUCGAAGCCUCCGCCUCGUUACAAGCAGGCCGUGCUCCGUUGGGCCGAUCCUACAGAUCCUGGACACCCAAGCCUUCAAGCGGCAUGCCGCGACGAACAAGCACCAGUUGGCCAUCAAUCACCAGAAGCAGAUGCUAGCUCAGGCUGGGAUGCGCGGCUGUCGGACCUCAUGUGCAUGGCAUUGCUGCCGUACGAGCCCGACUGGGCGGAGGUGGUGAAGAUCUGGAGGGCGUACAAGAAGCGCAAGCCCAUCACAACAGUGGCAGCACCAAAGAAGCAACCUAGUGCUAAGGGGAAAGAGAAGGUGGACGAGGAUGAUGCUGGUGGUGCUGGCUCUGGGUGGGGGACAGAGACCCCCGUGCAUUGGCACGGUUCUAUGAGCGAUGGUGGUGGUAGUGACGAAGAUGAAGACAUGUGUGUGAUGUGA